AUGAACGGCAUUACUCCGGCCAUCGUGGGCUGUCUAUUCCUGGCAGUUGCAGCCUUCCUCUUCAUACCAGCAUUACUGGCAUCUCCCAUCGUCUUUCUGCGCAAUCCGAAGCUAUCACUCUGCAUCUGGGGAGCAUGGCUCUACAUUAUCAUUGAAGGACUCCACUACCUUCUGGAUGCCGUUUGGCUGUUGUUCGUCCGUCCACGGCCCAGGAUUGUGUUUCAUGAGCAGUCACCACCAAGAGUACAGCCAAGAAGAUUCGCUGAAACUGCCCCACAAAGUCAUACUCCCCCGCUACCGACUGUGUAUGAAUUUGAGCCAGAAAUACCAGAGAGCUGCACGAGGACUGAUGUGACUCCUCCAAAUAGACUCUCUCGAGCGAACAGCGGCAAAUUCACAUUUCCAGCGCAAGACACUAGCUCUCCAACGUCACGUAAAGCUUCAAGCACACUGAGCUUGGAGGAAAUACUGCAAAUGAAGAAUACAGUACGGAACAAUGGCGAAGUUGACAUUUUCGACUACGACUUGGACCUGGAAGGGCCCAGUCGAUUGUCAAGCAGACGGUCAAGCAGAGCUGCAUCUACUGUAGACCUCAGGUCAUCUGAAACUUCCCUGGAGUCAGGAGCCGCGACACCAAGAUUGUCUAGGAGCAGGACUGGAUCUUUUACGCACAUCUCGAACUUACCAUCCCGCAACACGAGCACUAGUAGCCUGUCCGCUGUACCAGAAAGUUUGAAGAGGCACAAAAGAGCUCGGACUGAUGGGUCGUUGAACGGAUCUUGA